AUGUUGUCUCUCAAAGUUCUCUCUCUGCUCCUCGCUUCUCUGGGCUUUGUUUUGAUGGAAGAGAACGUCUCAGACGCCAGUACCAGGGCUCCCAGUGCCCGACCAGUCCAAAGACGCUACUCUGAAGCCACCCUGGCCAGCGACUACAGCCGCACGAUGGACAACAUGCUGAAGAAGGACUUUGUGGAGUGGUUACUGGCCAGACGGGAGAAGAAAAGCGACAACGUGAUGGAGCCACACAAGAGAGAAGCUGAGCCCCGAGGAGCAGCUGAGACCGGCCAAAGGUUGGACUUGAGCAGCCGGGAAGGCAAAGAUUUCCUCGCCCGGCUUCUGAAAGCCAAGAAAAACCAGAGUUUCACCUCCCUGGAAGGCUCAGAAGGUUUGCAGGAUGUUUGGAGGCAGGAGUUCCUGAGCUGGCUGCUGGGUGAGCUCUGCACGCCCAGGUGA